AUGAAACGUGACGUGAGUUUAAGAUGACGUGGAAAUGAAGGAAAAAAGUCAUUUUCAGAAAAAUGAAGAGUCUGAAAUUGUGCACAAUAAUUCUGCUGGUGUUUUUCGUGUAUUUGACGUUUUUCAAUGAGAAACUGGAAAAUGUACGACUUCGUCCAACUUUGGAAUAUCAAAAAGCUGAAAAUCUCUUUGUUAAACAAGAAGAAAAACCAGAUCUCGACGAUGUUUAUCAAAAACAAUUCGAAAAACGAAAAUCGUUUUUGAGGGAGUCGAAAAUGGCUCGAAAAAUGUUGCUGGCGGCCUCGAAAACCAACAACAAUUCGCUGUUCUAUGAGAAAAUCUCGAUUGAAGCGUUUUGCCCGAAGUUGGAAAGAGUCGGUUAUGGUGAUGGUGGGAAAUUUGUGUGUGAUGCGGAAUUGGCGCGCAAAGGAUGUGUGUGAGUCUAGAAUUGUGCUCCGUCGAAUUCCACGUGUAAUUCCAGUCAUUUUGAGACUAAAUAAGGCUAUGUUCCUUUAAAUUUAGGUCCCAAAAAGCUUUAGAUCGUUGUGAGACCCUAGUUUAAAGGAACACGGCCAAUUCCAGUCAUUUUGAGGCUAAAUAAGGCUAUGUUCCUUUAAAUUUGGGUCCCAAAAAGCUUUAGAUCGUUGUGAGACCCAAGUUUAAAGGAACAGGGCCAAUUCCAGUCAUUUUGAGGCUAAAUAAGGCUAUGUUCCUUUAAAUUUGGGUCCAAAAAAGCUUUAGAUCGUUGUGAGACCCACGUUUAAAGGAACAGGGCCAAUUCCAGUCAUUUUGAGGGUAAAUAAGGCUAUGUUCCUUUGAAUUUGGGUCCCAAAAAGCUUUAGAUCGUUGUGAGACCCAAGUUUAAAGGAACAGGACCAAUUCCAGUUAUUUCGAGACUAAAUAAGGCUAUGUUCCUUUAAAUUUGGGUCUUUUAUCGCUGUGAGACCCAAGUUUAAAGGAACACGGCCAAUUCCAGUCAUUUUGAGACUAAAUAAGGCUAUGUUCCUUUAAAUUUGGGUCCCAAAAAGCUUCAGAUCGUUGUGAGACCCAAGUUUAAAGGAACAGGGCCGUUUCGCAACGAAAAUUGAUAUUUUAAAGGAACAUGGACAGCAGUAUGUUCCUUUAAAAUGGAAAAUUGACCGGAUUUCCAAAAAAAAAACAUUAUUUUUCUUACAGAUUAUUAUCCCUGGGUCUGAACAAUCAAAUAAACUUCGAAAAAGAUUUCCAAAAUCGCACAGGAUUCAAAUGCGCUCUAUUCGGAAUCGAUGUUUCGCCACAAUCCGCCAGAACUUUGGAGAGCUACAAAAAAAUUGGUGGAAAAGCGUAUGUCGGAGAGAUCGGUGAAAAAUAUCCGAUUGCUAAACUUCUCGAUGAAUCGCCCAAAAAACAAAAACAUGUCGAUUUUCUGAAAAUUGAUAUAGAAGGCGGUGAACAACGGGCACUUUUGCCAUUUUUGGAAAAUCAUUUUGUUUGUCAAAUAUUUGUGGAGAUUCAUUUCAACACGAUGGAUCAUAUGAUAUUGAUGAGUAAUAUUGCGAAUUUAGGAUUUCGAAUGUUCAAUUUCGAGCCGAAUCCAUUUUGUCGAAAUUGUUGCGAGUUUAGUUAUAUCAAUGAAUUAUGUAUGGCUGAAUAUGAUGUGAUUCCUUUGAGUUAUCGUGUUCCUUUGGAUUUGGAUUAUUGA